AUUUGCACUUUUUCUUUUUUUAAAAAGAAAAAAAACUAGGCUCUACGAAUUUUCCGGUCACCUUCUCCGAUCUCUGAUCCGAUAUUUUUCCACAUGUUGUUGAGCUUUAAAGGAUUUGAAACCGUUAUGAAAGUUAUGAAAACGAAGAGUGUGUGAAACAUGGGGAAGGAAGUUAUGGUGAGCGAUUACGGUGACGACGACGGAGAAGACGCCGGCGGCGGCGAUGAAUAUAGGAUUCCGGAAUGGGAAAUUGGUUUACCCAACGGAGAUGAUUUGACUCCGUUAUCUCAAUAUCUAGUCCCGUCGAUUCUCGCGUUAGCUUUCAGCAUGAUCCCAGAACGAAGCCGUACAAUUCACGACGUCAAUCGCGCGUCGCAAAUCACGCUCUCUUCGUUGAGAAGCAGUACCAAUGCUUCGUCUGUGAUGGAGGAGGUCGUGGAUCGAGUUGAAUCGAGUGUUCCAGGAUCAGAUCCGAAGAAACAGAAGAAAUCGGAUGGUGGUGAAGCAGCGGCGGUGGAGGAUUCCACGGCGGAGGAAGGAGACUCCGGGCCUGAAGACGCGUCUGGGAAGACAUCGAAACGACCGCGUUUAGUGUGGACACCGCAGCUACACAAGAGAUUUGUGGACGUUGUGGCUCAUCUAGGGAUUAAAAACGCAGUGCCGAAGACGAUUAUGCAGCUGAUGAACGUGGAAGGACUUACUCGUGAGAACGUUGCGUCUCAUUUGCAGAAAUAUAGGCUUUACCUUAAACGGAUUCAAGGAUUGACGACGGAAGAAGAUCCUUAUUCGUCGUCGGAUCAGCUCUUCUCUUCAACGCCGGUUCCUCCACAGAGCUUUCAAGACGGCGGAGGAAGUAACGGAAAGUUGGGGGUUCCGGUUCCGGUUCCGUCGAUGGUGCCUAUUCCAGGCUAUGGGAAUCAAAUGGGUAUGCAAGGAUAUUAUCAACAGUAUAGUAACCAUGGCAAUGAAUCAAACCAAUAUAUGAUGCAGCAGAAUAAGUUUGGAACAAUGGUGACAUAUCCUUCUGUUGGUGGUGGUGACGUGAAUGACAAGUAAAUGGAUCUUAAAGGUCUAUAAUUUGCUCUACAGAGAGAUACUGGUUCUUGGCUUAUGGUUUAUUUUCCCACUUCAUGAGGUUGUUGUGACUUUUAAUUCUCCAUGUUUUCCACACAAGUCUUUAUUGCCUUUGUAUAGAAAAUGAUUUCGAGAAAAUCACUGGGAAGCUUGGUAUUGUUGGAGGAUGAAGCCUUCUAUGAAUGAUUUAGUUUCCUACUGUCUCCAUUCUUUAUGAGGGACUACAUGAAAUUCAUCAUUUUUAAGGAAUUGACAAAGUUGUCUAAUGAGCUGAAUGAGGAACCUCUACUCUUGACAGAGGCUUGAAGCUUCUCUUUCAAGUUGAUAACUCUCUUCCUCAUUUCUGCUCCUUCUUCAUCCAUAAUCAAUCUCUCUACAGCUCUCUCCACUGUUCCUUUAUCCAGCUCUCCUUCCAAUUGAACCCCAAUUCUCCAAACUCUCUCUAAGUACCUCGCAUUGACUUUCUGAUCUCCCGUAAAAGGCCUACAGAUCAUCGGAACUCCUUCCCCGAUGCUCUCUAGGGUCGAGUUCCAUCCGCAGUGACUCCAAAACCCUCCCACUGCAGGAUGUCUGAGAACUUCUAUCUGUGGUGCCCAUUUCACAAUGUAACCUCUUUCUGAAACCAACCUACUGAAUUCCUCCGGUAAAGACUCUGUCCAUUCCGAGCCGGGAAUAGAACCCGGUCGGAUCACCCAUAAGAAAGGUUGGUUGCUAUUACGUAAACCCCAAGCCAUCUCCAACAUGUCUUUAGUUUCCAUUAGAGCCAAGCUUCCCAAACUUAUGUAAAUCACUGAGCCUAUUUUUUGCUUGUUCAACCACUCAAGGCAACUCCUGUCCUCUUCAAGUAAACUAGAAGGCGCUGAAGCUGCAAUGUGAAGUGGGCCUAUAGGAUACACUGGAACUUGCAGUUGUUUUUGUAACCAUGCCAAAGAUGAGCUCUCUAGACAGCUUGUUGAGUUGAUGAUAACUGCCGAAGCUGUUCGAAUGUUGACAGUCUCACUGUAAACCUUGAGUAUACUCUCUAAUGGCCCAAAUGCUGAAGUUGGCAGGUCCUUGUACCUUAGCGGAUGCAACCCUGGAAAUUCCUUGUCUGACACUUUGGGAUCUGCAAAGCAAACAACAGCAUUUGGAUUGGUUUAUAUACCUAAAUGCACUUUUAAAGUUUGAGUUAACAAGCUAAAAAAUCUUGAGUACCUUUCAUGUCAAGCAAGAAUGACUCUGCGUUGACUCUAGACAAAACAGAGCGACAGACAAAGGCAGUAGCACUUGUCGUGCUGAAGAGGACGCUAGGAAGUUGAAACUCUUUAACUGCAGCUUGGGAGAAGUACAUGUACUCAUCGUAGACGACACAAGCGAUAUCAUUACCUUGCUCCUGCAAUAGUUGACCAAUACAUUGCUUGAAGCUUGCCUCGCAAAUUUGAUUGAGCUUGAAGAGAAACUUGAAUGGUCCAAGGUUUUUGAGAUCAGACUCGGUCAAGCUGCCUGGGAUGGUGAGGAAAUGAAAAUCAGAGAAGUCCUUGGAUGAGCUAACUCGAUUAUACUGUGUGAGAACAACAGUGAUGGAGAAGCCCUUGGAGUAAAGAGCCUUCCCGAGUUGCAUAAUCGGAGUUACAUGACCUUGUGCUGGAACUGGAACCAAUACUAUCCUUCUCUUCACUCCUAGUUCUUCCAUUGUUUUUCUCUCUUGGAGUCUUGGUCUCUCUCUUUUUUUGGUCAAUGUGUGAAUGGAAAAAUCUCAAAGACACAUAAGGAUGCUUAAAUGCUUGAACCAGAUCUAAUUAAUAUGAAAUAUAGCACGUGGGAUAUAUAUUAACUGUUUCAUUGGUC